AAAAAAUCACAGUCUCAUUACUCAAUUUAUACGAAUUAGCUCUAACUCUGACCGUCACCAGUUCCCGAUCCAAUUAACAUCACCCUUGAACAUCGACGAGGUUCCAUGGCCCGUGUGUGAUUCGUGUACAAAUGCAAUGGAUCGAAAUUGGAACCAACAUCAUUGACGAUCUUGGCCAGCAGCGAAAGUUUGGAUGCUGAACUCAAAACCCUUGCUCAUCUUCAGAAGUUCUCGUAAGGGAGGGACGAUUUGGAAUGUAAGAAAGCUGCCUCUUAUCUCUCAGUCGUAGAGCUCUACUUCAAUGACGGGGAAUCGACUUACGAAGACUCGGACCAAUGCUAGCGGGAAGUAUGCCUGCGGGUCAUGGAACAAAGCACCUGCAUCAAAGCACAUCUCUUCAAAGAUGUCGAGACUUGGAAGUGCCACAACUACAUCGUACUAAACCCUAAAAUUGAUCAGUCCAGGGUUUUGCACGAAAGUCCGGAGGCUUGAACUCGUUCAGGGACCUGCGAUCAUUGCACUGUUAUGAGGUCAGGAAUUAUGUGCUGAUCGCCGGACUAUUAUGUUAUAUCGAAUUUGGUUUCGAGCGUGCUUGACAAGGAUGGCAGUCAGAAUUGUUCCGAGUCAGGUGUGCAUCAGUGGGUGGAACACUCAGUUCCCGCUUUCCAGGCCCAGUUCCUUCAUUUCCGGAGGAGCGAGGGUGGGCACACCCUGUUGGCACAGAGUCAGGAACCUCAGAGUUGAGUGCCUUUCACGUGACUCGGUUGCAGUCUCCGAAGCACCACAAAAGAAGCAGAGGAGAAAGAAACCUCUGCAGGCAGGUAGCAGCAUUGCUGUUGAAGAUGAAAGAGGUGAUCUGCAGCUCACCGAGCCCGCUGAGGAGAGCACGGCCCAUCAAUUGCCAUCAGGCAGCGAUGACGAAGUUUUGCAACCGGCAGACGAUAGAAUUGCUCAAGAGCUGGCGGCAAUGACCGGUACAAUCAGCAUUUCUGACCAUGUACCCGUUGCCCUGAGAUCUCUUUGCGUGGGCAUUGAUCCAGAUUUGUCAGGUGCAAUUGCAGUUCUGAGGACAGAAGACAACGUUAUUACCGCUGAGGUGAUUGACGUCCCAUUUGUAACAGUGACGGUCAACAAGAAAUCGCGAAGGCGGCAUGAUUAUCAAUCUAUUGCAAACCUCGUGAGAGAGCUGCAAGCACCUGAAGGCAGCAUAGCUUACGUGGAACAAGCAAUGCCAUUCCCGAAGGACGGCAAACAGGGAUGGUACAUUACAGGCUAUGGAUAUGGUGUCUGGUUAGGAAUAUUGGCAGCUGCAGGAUUUAAGGUCAUUCCGGUACAAGCAAGAGUAUGGAAAACUGCCAUGAAAAUUUGUGGCAAGGACUUUACGAAGGAUGAUAGUCGAGCUUUGGCGUCAUAUAUAUUUCCCGAUCUAUCUUUAAGACUGAAGAGGAAAAAAGAUCAUGGUAGAGCUGAGGCCCUUCUUAUAGCAGCGUUCGGUAAAGGCAUGGCUCUCACUCACCUUCCACCUCAGGAGAUCACUCCAAAUGUGGUUGAGUUGUAAUGCAUGUGCUGCGAGCAGUUUUUACGAAUCCAAAAAUAUUGAUUUGACGAAGCCUCAAGCAGACGGACGUGCACCUGUUCUCGGCUCAGUUUUCGCAUGACUUAACCAACCCACAUAUUUUUCUGAAUUAGAUUUUUGGUUGCUUCAAGAGGAGCAUCAAAGAGAAUUUUCUACCCUGUAGGUUAUAUUGAAAUUUUUCCCUGAUUGACCAGCGAGAAUCGGAUUUCAAUACGGAAUAUGGUCAACUAUCGUAUGAGAUUAGGAACUAGAGGCGAUUAAUGUACUGUGAUGGCUUCCCUUUAUUGAACGUCUAUUCUCGUAUGAUUCAUUCGAUUGUACAAGGUUUUUGUUUC